AUGAUGGAGGAAUUGGAAUGUGCAGCCAUAGUUUUACAGGCUCAUGUCCGCGGUGUGCUGGUCCGCCGGAGACUCCGGACCGUUCUACGGGACUAUGAGGCUGUGGUGAGGGACGUAGAGGGAGACGCCAUCACUGUACACUGGGGGACAAGGCUCCUUUCUUCUCCUGUAUUCCAACCUGUGGUGAGUAUAGUAAUGUGUGACUUAACCGAGCCACGGACUUCCUGUGUAUGGAGUGACAGAGCGAAAUGUGUGCAAGCCUCAGCACAUGAACUGUGUAUGCCUGCAAGUGUCACCCGAGAAAAGGAGCAUUGUGACCUGCCAGGAGAUGCCCACAACAAUGAGCACCUGUCAGAGAGUGGCCCAGUGAAAGAGAACCAGCUUCAGGAUGUGCCCACAAGAGAUUGCCAAGUGUCAGAGACUGAUGGCACAGAGAUAGACCACCUUCUAUCAGAGACUGAUACCCAGCUACAGACUGAGAGCCCAGACAGGGGAAGGAUCCUUCCAGUGUCAGAAAAGGAGCGCCGCUCAUGGCUAGCAACACAAGAACAGAACUUCCUCCACCAUUCCAGUAUAAUUCAGAACACAGACCAAAGGUGUGAGAGUUUAGAGUGGACAAGAAGCAGCUCUGUGUGGAGUGACAAAUCCAUGGACACAGAUCUGUCUUUGAAGAAUCCGAACGCGCUCCAAAUGCAUAGAAGUCACUUGGCCAUGGAGAUAUUGUGGGUGCAGCAAGCAAUAGCCAGUAGAAAAAAUUAUCUAAUGGUAAGGCAGAGGCUGGGAAUCCAGAGCUGAUCAGGAUAUGCAUCACAUUUUGAAAGCAAGACA